CGACUCGGAUGUUUAUGGAUUAUUAUUUUUCUGCAUUAAAUGCAAAUCACGCGAGAUGAAUGUGCAAUGACAGUGUCCCGACACCGAGCCGUCUCGCGCAGUUCUAGAGGAACGGACACGCGUUCACAUUCCUUCAUGUAGCCUAAUCGAGCACUUCAUCGCGUUUUUACUGUGUUUUCUUUCUUUUUGGUUUGGUUUAUUUCAUAGCAAUGGCUUGGCCGUGCAUCAGCAGAGUCUGCUGCUUGGCUCGGUUCUGGAACCAGUUCGAUAAAUCGGAUUUGUCGGUUCCGCUAACGAUUCAGAACUACUCUGACAUCGGGGAGCAGGAGGUGCGAUCCGUCACCAAACUCGUUUCCACGGAACAGACGCAGGGCGUCGACUUCGUAACGCCGGACCAUGCAGCUGGAGUCCGGCGGCCGCAACGAGGACGGACGGAACCGAGUUAUAAACCCCGCGAGGACUACCAUCCCCCGGGUGUGCCUUUCCAGAGCGUCACCCAGUACAAACAGGAUUACAAACCCUGGCCCAUCCCGAAGAAGGAUAACUUUCCCUGGAUUAGUAACGGAGGUAAAGGCGGCACUUUAACGGAUAGCCCGGUGAACGGUUACUUUAACGGCACGAGUCAGCCGCGGGCGGACAGACAGGAGCGCAGCGGCAGCGGCAGGCAGAGAGGAGAUCAGCUCAGCUCAUACAGGAAGGAGUACCAGCCGUGGUCUGGAGCUCGGCCGUCAAAGCCUGCCCACAAACGGCCCACCAUCCUGGGUACAGGUGCUGACGAGCCCCCGCCAGAGACCAGCUACCAGGCCGCCUUCAGCCCGGACUCACACAGGACAGAGAUCAGCAUGAAACCAGAGGAGCAGAAGACUAAGCUGUCACCAAACCCAUCUGCCGUCUUUCAAAGCAAAUCCAGGAUCUUCAACAUAUGAUCCAUCAACGCUCCCCAUAUAAAGAGC